AUGGCAACCAAUUUUGGAGAUACCUCAGCAGUGUUUUCAGUGUGCGUUAUAAUAUUCAUGGUUCAAAAUAACUUCAUAACAGGUUCCAUGCUUUCACCUUGCAGGAUUGCAGGCAUAGGAAUUUAUCUUGAGGAUAAAGUGAAUUUCUCUGAUGCAAUUAAUGCAUGUGGUCAACUGAAUCUACAAUUGGCAAGUAAAGACCAGGUUGAAAAGGCUUUGAAAUACGGCUUUGAAACAUGCAGCUAUGGAUGGGUGAAAGAUGGUUUUGUUGUCAUUCCUCGAAUAACAUCCAACAAGAAAUGUGGUAAGGGCAAUGUUGGACUAGUACCAUGGAAUGCUGAACACUUCAAAACAUUCAAGGUUUACUGCUUCAAUUCCUCAGAUGUUCAUAUUAAUUCAUGUAAACCAAAUCCAACUACAUCCAUACCAUUUUCUUCAAGUGAAUCAACGGACUUACCUACAUAUUCUAGCUCAGACGUGAAUGAGAACAUCACAGCAGUGCCUAAUGCAACUGUGUCAGAACAACCACUGAAAAAUGUGAAAUUUCGUGUAAUAUGUAUAACUGAAACUAUACUGACAACAGAGGGAACUACUGCAAAAAUUCCAGAGGAAUACUCCCAGCUUCAAUUUCCUAACUACACUUCACAUGCUGCCUUUAAGAAUGAUGGUGUUGUCUUUGGAGGUAUCCCCACGGCACUCCUUGUACUGGCAGUGAUCUUCUUCAUUACUUCAGUUGUUCUAGCUGUCUGCUAUAUCAAAAAGUAUAAGAAAACCUUUCCAUUUUCAAACAAGAAUCAGCAAAAAGAAAUGGUUGAAACUACUGCUCUCAAAGAGGCUAAGACAAAUGACAAAACACUUGAGAAGGAAACAAAGAAUAACGGGAAAAAGGUAGAAGAAUCUAAAACCAAGCUGGAAGCUACAGUUAAAUGUGUAGAAGCAGAAGUUUAAGAGGAGGAAUAUACAUUUCUUAUUAGACAUUUAAAAUGAAGCAUGCUGAAAUUAGCAAUGCUUUUAAAAAUGGGUGACUGUAAAUACAG